AUGAGAUCGAACGACCUGAAGAGCAACUGCGUGAUCACCGUCGCGGUGGUUUAUCUCAGUAUCUUGCUGGAUAAUGUCUUGUUGACAGUAGUUGUGCCGAUUAUUUCCGAUUAUCUGUGCACACUCGACGUGAACACGACCGCGACCAACGAGGAGGACGAGAACGGCAGGGUGGGAUUACUGUUGAGCUCAAAAGCUUUAGUUCAAUUAAUUUUGAAUCCCGUCGUGGGUACCCUAACCGGCACUGUGGGAUACACUAUACCCCUUGUUUUCGGAAAUCUGAAUCUCUUGCUGGCUGCUUUGCUAUUCGCAUUCGGACAAACGUACGAAGUGCUGUUCUUAGCUCGGAGCAUUCAAGGCAUAGCCUCGGCAUGCAUAGCGGUCUCCGGCAUGUCUCUGGUUGCAUCUCACUACGCCGAAGAAGAUGAGAGAUCCAAAAUCAUGGGUUUCGUUCUCGGCAGCAUCGCUCUCGGUGUUCUACUGGGUUAUCCAAUCGGUUCUGUUCUUUACGAUCUCGAGGGCAAAAUGGCACCUUUUCUAUUGGUGUCUUGCCUCAUUGUUGUAGUUAUUUGUUUGCAAAUCUUGACAUUCAACAUCCAGACGAAUGCAGAACCAAGCGAAGAACAGAACACUUGGACGCAUUUAUUGUCUAAUAUACAUAUCCUUAUCAUCUUCGGUGCCAUUUGGUGUUCAACAUCGCCAAUGGCUAUAUUAGAACCUUGCUUGCCAAUUUGGCUUCGAACUCACAUAAAACCUAAGAAAUGGCAACUCGGCACGGUAUUCAUUCCGGAUAGUCUAGGCUACUUAAUUGGAACUAACUUCUUUGGCGUGGUAGCGUAUCGUUACGGGCGCAGCAAAGUGGCGAUUCUGGCCAUGUUCGUGGUCGGCGUCAGCGCCAUUCUCAUUCCAUCGGCAAACGCAAUGUCGCAACUGAUAUUCCCGCAUUUUGGGAUGGGUUUGGGCAUCGGCGUUGCCGAUGCGGCUCUGGUGCCAUUACUGGCCAGCUUGGUGGACCACAAUGGCAACUACGGACCCGUUUAUUCAAUCCAACAAGUGGCUGUCAGCCUGGCCUACUCUUUAGGACCCAUCAUAGGCGGCGAAAUGGUCAAGGCCGUGGGAUUUCCAUGGGUCAUGCGAAUCGUGGGUAUCGUGAAUAUAGCGUAUUGUCCGGUGUUGAUAUAUCUCACGUUGGAACGAAGGAAGUUACUGGCUCAGAAGGAGCAAAAGAAAGAUUACGACACGUUUCAAAAAUCCGCGGCACCGUACGAAAGAUUUCACGAUUCCGACGACGAUCUUUGACGAUACUUCGGGACAGCAUCUGGUGACGUGUCUCUAAUUAAACGCGCUAUGUAACACACCGGGUCUUUGUAACUGCCAACCAACUGAAUUAUUGGCCGAACAACAUCCCUGGGACUAUCAUUCGUGCGGCAGAACGACGUUCUCUCAGAUCGAAGAACAGGAAUUCAUUGAAUUCAAGGGAGCGAUAUGCAACACGGACAAGAAGCGCGUUUGCGAUUCCAUAAAGUAGAAAACAUGACAACGAUCGAUCGGCCGGCUGGCCGGUUCUCCUUGCUAAUGUACUCGGAGCUAUAGCAAAAUUCUGUUACGUUGUGCAUUAACGGUCUACUUCGAAUAUUCGCUCAUCAUUAGCCCACGCAGAGAUCAGAAUGUGCGCCUAAUCAACAUA